AUGGCAUCUUCUUCUUCUUCUUCUUCUUAUGCGAGUGAUUCGCAAUACCGUCCGCUAUGGAAGUAUGAUGUCUUUUUAAGUUUUAGAGGUGUCGACACUCGGAGAACAUUUACGGGUCACUUGUACGAAGGUUUGGAAAACAGUGCAAUAUGCACCUUUCAAGAUGAUAAAAGGCUAGAGAUUGGCGAUUCCAUCCCAGAAGAACUCUUGAAAGCUAUCGAAGAGUCUCAAGUUGCUCUUGUCAUUUUCUCAAAGAAGUAUGCUACAUCUAGGUGGUGCUUGAACGAACUAGUAAAGAUCAUGGAAUGCAAGGAAGAAAAAGGACUAAUAGUCAUACCGGUCUUCUAUGAUGUAUAUCCAUCAGUGGUUCGGAAGCAAAAAAAGAGCUUUAAAGUAGCAUUUGACCAACAUGAAUCGGAGUAUGCGAAUGAUGAUGAAGGAAAGCAGAAGGUGAAAGGAUGGAGAACUGCUCUAAGUGCUGCCGCUGAUCUAAAAGGUUGUAAUGUUCAUCGCAGGAUUGAAUCAGAAUGUAUUAAGGAACUUGUUGACGAUGUUUCUUUCAAAUUGUGCAAGACUUCUUCAUCUUAUUUGCAAUAUACUGUGGGAAUAGAUACUCAUUUGGAGGAAGUAAAAUCCCUACUAGAGAUGAAAACUGAUGAUGUCCGGAUUUUGGGGAUCUGGGGAAUGGGGGGAGUCGGUAAAACGACUCUAGCAAGAGCUGUUUUUGAAACUCUCUCACCUCAAUUUCAAUAUAAAAGUUUCCUUGAGGAUGUCAAAGAAACUAACAUAAAUGAAAUGCAUUCUCUACAAAAUAUCCUUCUCUCUGAACUGUUAAGGGAAGACAAAAAAUAUGUGAAUAAUAAGGAGGAGGGGAAGUGUUUGAUGGCUCGUAGACUUCGUCUUAUGAAGGUUUUAGUUGUGCUUGAUGACAUUAAUCAUCAUGAUCAUUUGGAGUAUUUAGCAGGGCAUCUUAGUUGGUUUGGCAAUGGAAGUAGAAUUAUUGCAACAACUAGAAACAAGCAAACUAUAGGGAAGAAUAAUGUAGUUUAUGAAGUGACUACACUACCCGAACAUGAUGCUAUUCAGUUGUUCAAUCAUUAUGCUUUCAAGGGAGAAGCUCCAGAUGAGCAUAUUAAGAAGUUGGCUCUAGAGGUAGUAAGUCAUGCUAAUGGCCUUCCUUUAGCCUUGAGAUUGUGGGGGAUUUGGUUACAUAAUCAAGAUAAAACUAUGUGGAGAGAAGCUGUAGACCUGAUAAAGAAAGAAUCUAGUCCAGAUGUUGUUAAAAACCUCAAAAUAAGUUUUGAAGCGUUGCAAGAUGAAGAGAAAACAAUAUUUCUAGAUAUCGCAUGCUUCUUUAGAGGGAUGAGGAAAGAUGACAUCAUUAAAAUUCUUCAGGGCUAUGAUUUGUACGCCCGUAUCAGAUUGCAUGGUCUAAUUGAGAAAUCUCUUGUGUUCAUCUCUACAUAUGAUAGAAUUCAAAUGCAUGACUUAAUUCAAGACAUGGGUAGAUAUGUGGUGAAAAAGCAAGAAGAGUCCGGACAACCCAGCAGGCUAUGGAACGUUGCAGAUUUUGAAGCUGUGGUCAACAAUACUCAAAGAUCAGGCAAUGAAAAAUAUGCAAAGGCUUAG